AUUAGAGCGAUAGUGUGUUUGUGUGUGUUGUUUGGCUGCUCUACGAAAACAAACCCACCAACAAACCCUAAAAGAAGAACCAAAAAAUAAUAAAAAAUGGCGGCGGAUGGAUUGUCGACGAAGGAAGCAGAUGUGCGGAUGAUGUUGGCUGCGGAAGUUCAUCUCGGCACUAAAAACUGUGAUUUUCAAAUGGAACGUUACGUCUUUAAGCGCCGCAAUGACGGAAUCUACAUUAUUAACUUGGGAAAGACAUGGGAGAAGCUUCAGAUGGCUGCUAGAGUGAUUGUUGCAAUUGAGAACCCUCAAGAUAUCAUUGUGCAAUCGGCUAGACCAUAUGGUCAAAGGGCUGUGUUGAAAUUCGCUCAGUACACAGGUUGCAAUGCCAUUGCUGGUCGUCACACUCCUGGUACUUUCACCAACCAACUUCAAACCUCUUUCAGUGAGCCCCGUCUCCUCAUCUUGACUGACCCACGAACUGACCACCAGCCAAUCAAGGAGGCUGCACUCGGAAAUAUCCCAACAAUUGCCUUCUGUGAUACUGAUUCUCCCAUGAGAUACGUUGAUAUUGGCAUCCCUUCCAACAACAAGGGGAAGCACAGUAUUGGAUGUUUGUUUUGGCUUCUAGCAAGAAUGGUCCUCCAAAUGAGGGGUGUGAUCAAGCAAGGGCAUAAGUGGGAUGUCAUGGUUGAUCUAUUUUUCUACAGAGAACCUGAGGAGGCUAAGGAACAACAAGAGGAAGAUGCUGCUGCUGCUGAAUAUACAGAUUAUGCAGGAGGUGCACUAAUGAGUGACCAAUGGUCAUCCCAAAUUCCUGAUGCACAGUGGGCUGGUGAGUUAGCUGCACCAAUUUCUGGUGCCCCUGUGGCUGCAAGUGGAUGGAGUGAAGCUGAAGCUCCAGCAUCUGGUGAUGGAUGGGAAGCUGUUGCUGCCCCUGUACCCCAAGUUGACAGUGCUGCUGCCACUGAAUGGGAAUGAACUAAACGUGUCAUCUUUUCUUGAAUUUACUUUGAAGUCUUGUUUAAAACUAAGUUUGAUGGACCUAGUUUUAUGAUAUGUCAUAUGAGUAUCUGAUACCUCUGAAUGUUGAAAAUUUUUGAUGGUUAUGGUAUGAAAGAGUUGAUUUUUUUUUCAGAUA